CUUAGAGCAUCUGAACACCUUACUUCAUCUUUUGGUAUAUAAAUAUUUCUUUCAACCUUAACAAUUGAACCAUCGUUUAAUAAUUCAUUCUACUAGAUGUUUUUUCUUCUUAGUUUUUGAGAUCAACAUGAUGAUUGUAUCUCAACAAUGGAUUCUUUCAUUGACAAUACUAGUACAACUGUUGUUGUUGAGCACAUCAUUGUCAUCAGCUGGUAGUAGGAAGAGUAAUAAAAAUAUUAAAACAAAUGUCUUUAUGUCUCCAAAGAUUGAACUGAGACCAGGAUUUGUUUCAAACAAAGUAUACUAUGAUGUUGAGUUUCCAAGAGGCCAUAUUUCACUCAAGAGUUUCAAUGCUGAACUAGUUGAUGAAGCAGGAAAUUCUGUACCUCUUCAUCAAACUUAUCUACACCACUGGGCUGUUGUUAGAUACCAACAACCUAAAAAUGUGACACAAAAUAGGCAAUCAGGUAUUAUUAUUGUAAGAAAUGAUGGCUUUUGCCAACAGACUAUUUUAGGACAGUACUAUGGUCUUGGAUCUGAAACAAGAGGCACAAAUACAUAUAUUCCAGACCCUUAUGGUAUAGAAGUUGGUAAUCCAGCUGAAAUUCCAAAAGGUUAUGUAGAGAAAUGGUUGAUGAAUAUUCAUGUUAUUGAUACAAGGGGUGUGGAAGAUAGGAUGGGAUGUAUUGAUUGCAGAUGUGACCUAUAUAAUGUUACUAAAGAUGAAAAUGGUGAUGCUUUGAGUCCAAAUUAUAAAGGGGGUUUGCAAUGUUGUCCUGAUAACACUAAGUGCAAGCUGAGGAAAGGGUUUUUAGGCCCAAAAAAAAGGAUCUAUUUGAAAUACACAAUCAUGUGGAUCAAUUGGGAUGUAAACUUUAUGGUGCCUGUCAAGAUUUAUAUAUUUGAUGUGACUGACACUUUGAAGAUAUCGGAUAAAUCUAAAGGAAUGAGUCUGAACCAUGAUUGCAAGAUAGAAUAUGAAGUUGAACCUUGCAGCAAAAGUAAUGUGAGUGAUAGUGGUUGUGUUGAUGUGAAGAGUGCAAGUUUUCCAAUGCAAAAUGAAGGUUAUGUCAUCUAUGGAGUUGGUCAUUUGCAUGCAGGUUCAAUUGGAUCAACUCUAUAUGGACAGGAUGGGAAGGUAAUAUGUAAUUCAAAACCAAAAUAUGGAAAUGGAAAGGAAGCAGGAAAUGAAAAAGGAUAUGUUGUAGGAAUGUCCACUUGUUAUCCUCAACCAGGUUCUAUCAAGAUAUUUAAUGGUGAAACUUUAACUCUAGAGGUGAACUAUAACAACAGCAGAAGACACUCUGGAGUAAUGGGGCUUUUUUAUUUCUUGGUGGAAGAAAAGCUACCACACCAACAUGUCUAACAUUCCUAUCAUUUUUUAUUUGGUAAAUUCUAUGUGGGUCAUUUGAUAUUGUAGUCCAUCGUAGCCUAACACUUGAAAACUAUAUUUAAAACUUCAAUGAUAAUUUACAAUAUCGUCGGAAGUACAAAUUUACAGUAUUUCUUAUUUUAACGAGUGAGACGGUGACCCAAUUCAUGAUGGUUAAAGGAAAAAAGAAAAAAAACAAAUAUCAAUGACUUGAUACAAGUUUUUAUAUUUUCUUCUUUAUUUUAGUCAUAUUGACUCACCACCUCACCCAUAAAGAUAAGAAUAGUCAAACUUCUACCUUUGAGGGUUUUUUUUUCUUUAUUUGUUGGAUGUCUCAUAGGAAAAAGUAAGGAUGUAAUUUGUCAUACCUGUUUUUUUUUUUUUAAUAUUGUGCUAUUUUAUAGACUCUAAUAUUUUGGUUUCUUCAAGUCUCCAAUCCUUUAUAUAGAGGUUGAAAAGAA